AUGAAGAAUAAGGAAGCAAGCACAGUUGCGACACAUCUUCUAAAAGAUGUUUUCAAAGUUCUUGAACCCCCUAUGAUUAUCCAAAGUGACAAUGGUAAAGAGUUUGUUGUAAAAAUUAUUACUGAAAUUUGUAAAGCUCUUAAUAUUACAAUCAAGCAUGAUUUCUCCAGAACUAUCGCCGCUUCUGAAACUUCCAUCUCUGAGACCAUCACCACCACUUUUAAAACCACUGUUUUUAAAACCACCACCUCUGAAACUAUAACAAACGAAGUUACUAUGGAACAACACAUUUCACAUAUGCUUAAAAUUCACCAAUCCAUAAAUGCUUCACUUGAAAAAUAUCGUGAAAAGUUAGGCCAUAAUAAUGUGCAUAAAAAGAAAACAACAAAUAAUACAAUUGAAAUUGAAACUGAAGUUGCUAUUGCACCCGAUCAUGAUAUGAAUCAACAAACUCGCAAGAGAAAGUUGCAGCUGACCUUUUCAGAACGAGGUGUUUUUAAGUCCCUCAAGUCCAAUAAUUACACUGCAAUUGUUGAAGUGAAUGGCAAAGAUGUUCAAAUUCCUGUCAAACGG